UACGACGCUGUUAUGGCGGACAGGGUGCACUAGAUCCAGUGGUUGUUAGAACGUUUUUGCUGUUUGUAGAUUAUUUUACCAAUAUACGGAUAAAUAACCAACUAGCAAGAUGCCUGUACACUUCAAGGGCAAUUCUGAAUAUAAUGUCCACUACCAGUGGUUUGAUUCUUACAAAAGCAAGAGUUUCCACCCGACAGCAGAACAGGCAAAACCAAAAGCAGGCCUUUCCUCAGUGAACCUAGGUUUAAAUAGUGUGCCUAGUGAACCACCCAUGCAGAGGAAGAAGAGGCUAGAUGGACCCAUGACAAGCAUCAGCACUAACUUUCACCAGGAGCCGGAGUCGCCUGCGAGUGCCGAAUAUGCUCUUCUGGGUGCUAAUGAUAAGUUUGUGGAAAACGUGAAGUACAAGGCCAGGUCUCGGGGUGCCUCUCCCCCCAAACAGCAAAAGCUGGCCCAGAGAAAGAAUGAGAAAGAAAACAGACUAGAAACCUCUAAACCUAAGCCAGCUCCUAUGGUAAAUACCGAGAUGUACCGAAAACCUACGAAAAAGGAAUCUAAACCUACUGCCCCACCUAAACCCGAGGAGAGUCCCAAAGUGACCACACCUAUGGCUCCCAGGGGGAUGAAGAGCAUGCCCCCUUUACAGCUUAAAAGUGAGCUGGAGGCCCCGAAAAUGUCGACAAAGAGCCCUGUCAAAUCUAGAGCAAAGACAAUAAACUCCAAUGAUGUGAACAGGCAGGAGUCUGUAAGUAAACUUCCCCUGAAGGACAAGAUGAUCAGUAACAUGAACGAGUCCGUACAGACCAACAUGGACAAGGGUGUAGCUCUGUCUGCUCCAGAGGCCCCCGCUGAGUACGCCCUGAAGUACAAGGCAGGUGUGGCCCCACCGCGUCCUAAAAGGAAGGUAUCGGAGUACCAAAAGUCCUUUGACUGGAAGGUGGGGGGUAAGGCGUCGCCUCUCCUAGCAGCUGAGCAGAUCGUAUACAACAGUAACCCAGCAGUGGCCCCGUUCAGGAAGGAUGUCAUCCCUAAGAAGAGUGAAUAUGAUGUUCAGUUCCAAAACUGGAAGCUGAAUGAGUGUGAGGACAAGCCUGUUCAGGCAGCAGGAAAGUCGUCAAAGAAACGGUCAAAGGUGAAAAGGAGUAAAAGUGUUGGAGCCCUGUCCCCAGACAAGAUGGAAGCCGCUGGAUCAGGUCCAAUCAUUACCUCAGACAAUAAACGUCUCACAAAAGAGACCCCUGAUGUAGAGGUUCGGCGACGCCCACCCAUCCCUCAGGGUCAGCUCAGGCGUACUAGAAGUGAAUAUUGCAACAACUACAAGGCCCCCAGUAGCUUUGACUAUGUCAAGGGAGCAUGGAGAGGUGCCAACCCCCCACACUUACAGGCACCCGAGCCGGAGGAUCAGUCGGCUAAUGCAACAGGGCCAAGUCUGUCUAACUGGUUUGCCGAGGUAAUAGAGCUAAGGAGGAAGGCCCAGGAAUACCGCAAAAGGGCACAAGGUACCCACUUCUCCCGAGAACAUGCUGUCCAGCUGUUAGCCCAACAGACGGAGGCCUGGGAUGUCCAGUCCUCUGCCCGUAGUGGACAUAGUACACUAUCAGCACUGUCCCUAGAAACAGGCUCAGCAAGAAAUGGAGCGUCUCGACGUGACUCAGCGAGAGCCACAAUGGCGUCGGAUGAACAGAUGCGGGAACAGGAUCUGGAGACAGAGGUGGUUGUCAAUAAAAUGGCCCGGCAGGACAACAACGAGGACGAGGACAGUAUUAUAACACCCAGCAGCAGCACAGUAGAGGAGACUGAUGGUGGACGGAUUCCAACUCCAAAAUGGCAACAGAAAUCAAGCAAGCGUGUCGGUGCUCGUCAUCACCUGGACCUGACUACGCCUGCUGUGGGUGGGGCCAUCCUGACGUCUCCACCUCAGAGAUCACGCCCCCAAGGCAGGAAAGCAGUGUUUAAAUCUCAGCCUAUUGCACUCCAGGAUUUCGAGGAUGAUGAUGAUGAUACACAUGUUGAGGAGGUUGUUAGACAGCCAAUAGCUGGGCAGACAUUCGCAAAGCAAAUUGAUGUGAAUCAAGGGAGGAUUGGUCCGACCCCCACUUUUGGUAUGCCUUCCCGUGACACCCAUUACCUACGGGACGACCAGGUGUCAUGUGACCAGCCUUUACAAACCAGCUAUGUACACAGCCCACUCAAGAACCAAGUAAAUAAACAUAUCCCGCCUCCGGGGGUCAAUAUCCCCAGCACCAUUAACGAGGGGUUUGGCUGUACCUACAAUCAGCCCCAUUCGUUGUAUAAACAGGCCGAGGAUGUAGAUGAUGAUGUACUGUCCGUGUCUGCCCGAUCUGUAGCCUCCAGUUGCUCUCUAGCCUCAGAGACACUUGAACGUGCCAGGAAACGCAAGGAGGAAUUCUGGGGGAAGCCGCGAGUGGCAGCUAACUGAGGAGAACUAGACAGAUGCACAGUUUCUAAAUCAACCAGUAGUACUAGAUAGGUCCUGCUGAUGACCUGGCUAUAAUUUUAUAGAGAAUCUCGCUUUCUGUUUUCAUAUAUCUUUAAGUGUUUGAAUAUGUCUAGAAAACUUGAUAUUGUGUAAAUGACAUUUUAUACAAUUUUUUAUAUGAAAUGUAUAGAUAUGUUAUACAAAUAUUUAUGUUGAGUUUUAUAUCAUGAUUCCGUCCAGAAAUUAGACUUUUAGAAAGGUUGUUUUAUGAUUGAACGUAUGUACAUGCUUAUCAACUGGUAAGUUCAAUCUUGGACUAUAUUUUCAUUAAUUAAUUUUGUAUCUUAAUCUACAGAAUGUGGUUAAACAUUGAGGAAGAUUUAUUUUUAUUGCCUGAAUUCAACUUUUACAACUUCAUUUAUAUAUAAUUCCAAAUGCAUGGAAAACAAUAAUUGAUUGAUUUUUUUUUGUUCAUCAUUUUUAAAAGAAGUGUCUUGAACCAACAAAUAUUGUCUUUCAUCUACUUACUGGAUUGUUGUUCACACCAAAAAUUGUAAAAAAAAAAUAUACUCGAAACAACGUUUCCCAUAUUGUAAAAGGACCAAUAUCUCUGCUAGUAUGUGUGAUAUACUUGGUUUAAUUUUACUUUUUAUGAGGCAGCAUUACAGAGCCACUGAAACAUCUAUUUAUGUUUGUACUGCUCAAUUAUCUGCCACAAAAUAUUGUAGUUAUGCAUGUAUGUUAAAUUAUUGUUUAAUCUAUACAAGGCUUUAUCAGGAAUAUUUGAUACAGAAAAGUCAACUAAUUUCACUUCUGCUUAUAUUAUCUGUGAAAAGGGAAAAACAUUAAUUGAUUUUAUUAAUAUUUAAUGCAGAAGCACAUAACUUUUAUCAGAAUAAAUAUUUAGUGUUAUGUGAAAGCUAACUUAAUGAAGAGUUCAUUGUGUAUUUAUAAAUUAAAGAUUUCUGGUGAGGUGAAUGUGGCAAUAUGGACCUGAGAAAAUAAAAUUGUUUAUCAGGUCCAUUUAACCAAAUAUGCACUUAAAGUCCUUGAUUGUUAUAAUAGAUGCUAAAUAAUGUUUUAAUCAUUAGACAAGAUGGAAAGUAUAAAAAAUUGUGUGAAGGAAAGGUCUGCAUUUGUCGGAGAGCAUUGUGAUCUAAUGUCAUAAAGUGAAUAUUGAGUCAAUAUCACAAGUCACUGACCGCCACAUGCUUAUGAUCUUACCAAUAAGGAUGUAGGAAAAUUGUGUGUCAUCUUAGGUUGUCUAGUAUGUAUAUUGUCAACUAUGGACACUGUCUAGUACGGACUCAGCUAGUCUGGACACUGUCUAGUACGGACUUGGCUAGUCUGGACACUGUCUAGUAUGUAUAUUGUCAACUAUGGACACUGUCUAGUACAGACUCAGCUAGUCUGGGCACUGUCUAGUAUGUAUAUUGUCAACUAUGGACACUGUCUAGUCUGGACUUGGCUAGUCUGGACACUGUCUAAUACAGACUCGGCUAGUCUGGACACUGUCUAGUAUGUAUAUUGUCAACUAUGGACACUGUCUAGUCUGGC